AUGCUGGGGCUCGCCACCAGCCUGCCAGCCGUCCAGGCGCUCCUGGGUCAUGCUGGCGUCACAGCGGCGGUCGCGGCCGUCGCGGCGCGCGGAGGCGUCUGCAGCACUAGCAGCGACGCGGGCAGCAGCGGCGGCGCGGCGGCCAUGUCGACCUUUGCUUUGAAAAACACUCCGCUGCGAGCGGGCCCUGGCGGGCGCUCAAGCGUGUCUGGGGCCACGGCAACCGUGUUUGGCGCAACAGGCUUUGUCGGCAAGUACGUGGUCAACGAGCUGGCGCGCAACGGGACGCAGGUGGUGUGCCCCCACCGCAACCUGGAGGAGGUGGCCAUGCCGCUGAGGCAGAUGGGGGACCUGGGGCAGGUGGUGAUCAUUAAGGAGUGGAGCAUGGGGGACGACGAGAUGACGCGCUACGCCCUCAGCCGCUCCCAGAUCGUGAUCAACCUGAUCGGCGCCAACUACGAGACGCGCAACUUCAGCUACGACGACGUCCACGCCACCUGGCCGCGCCACCUCGCGCAGCUGGCCAAGGAGAGCCCCCUGCUGGAGAGGUGA